AUGGAAAAGGAUAGUGACAGCACAUUAACUUCAUUGGAUGAGAAUACAGAGAAUUUGUGCGAUAAUCCUACACGUGAUACUUUGGCAGAGGGAAUAGUCAGCUUAUUUCAACCAAUUAUUGACCAAUUGGAUGAUCGAGUUCGUUCGACACGAUUGGCACAGCAAGAACUUUCAGAGCAAUUGGAUAGUUUAAUAGCGCAGUUGCGUUCAAUAGAAGACAUUCAACAGACCUCACCCGAAUUCGACACAUACGUGCAUAAGUUGAUUAACGUAAAGCAUAAGGUGACUGUUAUCUACAGCAUUUUACAAGGAGCUCAGGAUCGUUUGAACCGAAUACACAAGCAAGUCGAACGUGAAAAAUUGAAACGACGUUCGAUACUCGACAGCGAAUUGAAUAGCCCAAACACACCGACCACGCCAACAUUGUGAAUUCUUAUCUUUUAGAUUAAAAAAACCGGAGUGGAUCAUCAUAAUGGAAACGCCAUACCUAACUCAUAUAACAUCCGACGACUUCAAAUAUGUUUAUGAACCAGCUGAAGAUAGUUUUCUAUUGCUUGACGCACUCGAGGCAGACUUGCCAAAGCUCAGAUCCGAUCGGCCAGCGAUUUGUACAGAAAUUGGUUCGGGCAGUGGUGUCAUCAUAACAGCCGUAGCGAAAGCACUGCCUGAAACGGCUUGCUUCGCUAUUGACUUAAAUCCACGCGCUUGUGAUGUUACCGAACGAACGGCAACGAAAAAUGGAGCCAAUUUAAAUGUUGUCAACAUGAAUUUACUGAACGGUUUCCGCUCGAAUGUCAUCGAUGUGUUGAUUUUCAAUCCACCUUAUGUUGUGACACCCGAUGAAGAAAUCGAUUCAUAUAAAUCGCCGAAAGAUAAUCCCUUCAACGACAAUAUAAUCAAGUCAUGGGCAGGAGGCACCGACGGACGAUUCAUAAUGGAUCGUGUUUUCGAUGCAAUGGAUAGCAUUCUAUCAGCGAACGGUGCAGCUUACAUUCUGGUCAUUGAGGAAAACAAACCAAAAGAAAUCAUAGCUAAUAUGAAGACGAAAGGUUUUUGCGGGUCGAUUAUAGCUGAACGUCGAAUACGUGGCGAACAUUUGUAUGUUAUAAGAUUUCAAAGGAUUUCGCAAACGCUAGAUUUAUAACUUCAUUGAAGUGCAAUUGUAAUAAACUUGAUGGUUUUUCAUUCA